AAACACCAGAACUCCUCUGUUUGGUAGACUCCACCAAAAAAGCAAUCCAUACGCCGGAAAUCUGACUCCAUUCCGCCGGAAGCCUGACACCUUUCGCCGUAUCUUCGGUCGAGCGCUUCCGAAAGCAGUCUCCAUCAGGCGGAGAGAGUCCUUGAAGGAGAAGAAUCAUGGCCAGCAACGGGAAGCAUUCGGCAACGAAGCCGCCUCCAACGCCCUCUCCCUUACGAACUUCCAAAUUCUUUCAGGCCAAUAUGCGGAUUUUGAUUUCUGGGGGAGCUGGAUUCAUUGGUUCUCACCUAGUGGACAAAUUGAUGGAAAAUGAAAAAAAUGAGGUGAUUGUUGUUGAUAACUUCUUCACUGGGUCAAAGGACAAUCUUAGAAAAUGGAUUGGUCAUCCAAGAUUUGAGCUUAUACGUCAUGAUGUAACAGAAACACUGCUAAUCGAGGUUGAUCAAAUCUAUCAUUUAGCUUGCCCAGCUUCCCCGAUUUUCUACAAAUAUAAUCCUGUAAAGACAAUUAAGACGAAUGUUAUUGGCACGCUGAAUAUGUUGGGUCUUGCUAAGCGAGUUGGAGCAAGGAUUUUGCUGACGUCUACUUCAGAGGUCUAUGGAGAUCCUCUUGAACAUCCCCAAACAGAAGAGUAUUGGGGCAAUGUUAACCCGAUUGGAGUCAGGAGUUGCUAUGAUGAGGGAAAGCGUGUAGCUGAGACGCUGAUGUUUGAUUAUCACAGGCAGCAUGGCAUAGAAAUCCGCAUUGCUAGGAUUUUCAAUACUUACGGGCCGCGCAUGAAUAUUGAUGAUGGGAGAGUAGUUAGCAAUUUCAUCGCUCAAGCACUCAGGGGUGAGCCCCUGACGGUUCAAGCUCCAGGAACGCAAACCCGAAGUUUCUGUUAUGUUUCUGACAUGGUUGAUGGCCUUAUCCGACUCAUGGAAGGAGAUCAUACUGGACCAAUUAACAUUGGAAACCCAGGUGAAUUCACAAUGAUGGAACUUGCCGAAACUGUGCAGGAGUUAAUUAAUCCCUCCGUGCCAAUCAAAGUCGUGGAUAACACUCCAGACGAUCCGCGGCAGAGGAAGCCCGACAUCACGAAAGCCAAGGAAUUGCUAGGUUGGGAGCCCACGGUCACAUUGCGAGAGGGCCUUCCGCUGAUGGAACAUGACUUCAGGGUGCGGCUCGGUGUUCAGAAGAAGUGCCAAACAUAGAUACAAUCUAGUUCAUACAUGUUUAUAUGCCCUCAAUAGCCAGAAGGUGACUAUUAAAUUGGCCUCUGAAAAUGGGACCCAUGCUUUCUCACACCCAUCCAAUGGCUGCAAGGUAAUUUGCUGCCUGUGUGCCCCACCACAUACCAUCAGUCCCUUAGUGUUUCUUUACUAGUGUUUAUGGGUUUAUGAUUAUUACCCUAUCAGUCAAAUGAUUAUAUUGGUUUUCUUCA